CUCGUCAGUAGCAGUGGCUGUUGAAACUGAAAAGGAGGCGGACGAGAGGUUCGUGUGAUGAAUGAUACUGCUCCUGAAGUGUGGGUUUUACCUUCAGAGCGUCGUGGCUUGCUUGUUUCCUAAUUAAGGCAGACUCACGGCCAACACACAGCUGGUUUUCGGUGUAUUGUGCAGCCGCGACAGACCAGAAACAAACCAAAUAGCGAGGAUGUCGGUCCCCGCUGGAAGAUAAUGAAGAGGCUGCGCGUUUUGUUGGUGUGCCUCAUUGUAGCUCUCCCGUGCUGGUACCCCAGUCAAGAUGUAUAUUGUUCAGAGCAGAGCUCGUCUGGCUCGGGUCACUCUGCCCAGGACGGAGACCCUGAAAUCCACGAGCAGAAGCAGGAGUCCACACAAAACAAGGUGGUGGAAGAACGGUCGACACACACCUCAUACGAAAUAGGAUUAGAGACGGAGAGGGCAGCACUAGAGAAGCUAGCAAGCGUACAACAUGAACAGACUGUGAAUCAUUUAGAAGCCGAGGCAAAAGAGACCAAACAAAGCCAAGAGUUGGAUACUGUACCUGUUCUUGAUGAGCCAGAACUUCCCACAGAGCCAACAGCUCACCCUGACUUGCCGACUGACCCACAGGACCACGACGGUGACAAAGCAGGCCCAGAGUCCCCCACUCCAGAACCAUUGCCAGAACUGGUCCAUGUGUCACCAGACGCUGUAGUCCAAGCUGAGUCCUCUAGUGAUGAUCACACCGCACAGCCGCGCCUGGACUCAGACCCAUCGACACCUUCAGAUGAAGCUGAAAACUUACCUACCUCAAAGAGCGCUGGCCCCACCGACACAGGAGGUGCAGUGCGGGUUGCCAGUGCAGGCGAUGAACUCCCAGUAGACAGCUUUGUCUUUGCUGAGCACUCUGAUUCACAGUGCAGGGUCAUUCCCCCCAAACUGGCAAUCUGUGAAAACUCCCCUUUUGGCCGCCCUCUCUUCAGUGUGGAAGAAGCUGGCACAGAUGACCAGAUGUCGAACCAGAGCUCUGAUCUCGAAACAGAGUCCAGUCAGUCCAGUUCAGAUUUAGCAGAGCCAGAAGCAGCAGAACCUGGAAGCCGGAAAGAGGAAGAGCAGUUGGAAGAUGUGCUAUCCAGUUUGGAGCAGGAGGGCAACACUUCCCACCUCCACCAUAAGCAGCAGAUGGGAGAUGCUAAUGUUGCCAGAGAAGCUGAUCCCUCUGUACCCAGCAAAGAUGACAUCCCCACCUUUGAUGAGUGGAAGAAACAGGUUAUGGAGGUGGAAAAGGAAAAAAGUCAGACUCUCCAUACCUCAACCAGUGGCAGCCCACAUUCAGUGAAAAAGGUCCAGAAAAACUUUAAGAAUAACUACGCCUCUGUAGAGUGUGGUGCCAAGAUCCUCUCUGCCAAUAAUGAGGCCAAGAGUACGUCAGCUAUCCUUAUGGAAAAUAUGGACCUCUAUAUGCUAAAUCCAUGCAGCACCAAAAUCUGGUUCGUAAUAGAGCUCUGUGAGCCGAUACAAGUCAAACAGCUGGAUAUAGCCAACUUUGAGCUUUUCUCUUCAACACCUAAAGACUUUCUAGUUUCCAUCAGUGACAGAUAUCCCACCAACAAGUGGGUGAAGCUGGGUACUUUCCAUGCACGUGAUGAGCGGAUAGUACAGAGUUUUCCACUGGAUGAACAACUUUAUGCUAAAUAUGUGAAGAUGUUCAUCAAAUACAUAAAGGUCGAGCUCCUCUCUCACUUUGGAGCUGAACACUUCUGUCCCCUCAGUCUCAUCAGGGUGUUCGGCACCAGCAUGGUGGAGGAGUAUGAGGAGAUAGCAGAUUCCCAGUAUCCCUCAGAGAGGCUGGAGUAUCUGGACGAAGACUACGACUAUCCUCCUGGUUAUCAACCGUCAGAAGAAAAGGUCUCUAAAAACCUGCUUGGUUCAGCAACCAAUGCGAUCCUCAACAUGGUGAACAACAUUGCUGCUAACGUCCUCGGUGGCAAGCCGGAAAUAGAGGGUGGAGCAGAAAUAGGAGGGAAUACAACAGAGGAGAUGAGUGAGAAGAAGGCGAGCACAGAUGGAAAAGUUGUCUCGCCUGAAGCGUCUCGCGGCUCUGCAGGUCUGGACCCUGAAAAAUCUGAACAGCCUUCAUCGGAGGAGGGUUCCAAUGCCUCUAGUGACUCCAGUUCUUCCUCCUCGUUACCUGAAUCCAGCGAAGACAGACAGAUUGUCACACUUGUGGAGGAGGACGAAGAUGAGGAGCCAAAACAGUCGACUGUGACGCUGCUGGAGGAGGUGGAGGAAGAGGAGGAGAAGAGUGAGGAGAAAGCAAGGAGGGAUGCUGACAGGAACCAGUGGGAGAGUCAGGCAUACUGUCCUUUCUCGUCCCUGUCCUCCCUGUCUUUGUCCUGCAUGGCCACGCUGCCGGAGCUGCUUCACCGCUGGUGCUCCGCCAGGCUGGCAAAGGAGCGCCUGCGCAGCCUCAGGAGGCGGCAGCUUCACACUCAUACUCAGACUGAUGAGAGCAUCCCCGUCCUGACACACACACCCCCACCCAUCCCUGUCCCGUCUCCUACCCAGGAAGUCCUCCUCCCUUUGACGGAGAAAGCUCCAGAUCCAGAGGUGCUGCAGGAUAAAGUAAAUGAGGGGGAGUCCUCUGCUGAGCUACAGACAGAUUUACAACUUAGAGUUCAACCAUCUGAUAUUUAUACUCCAUAUGCAGUAAACGACAUGCUACUAGAGCCCAGCAGAACCGCUACCAUUCCUCCCCAUAGUUCAUCAGCCCCUCACAGCACCUUAAUGCGACCCACCCCCACACACGAGGAGAAGCCGUUGCCUCCUGUAAAGGAUGAAUCCCUGGACCUUGUCCCCACUCCUCCCCUCCAAGCUGCCUCAAUCCCAGAGACGCAGCAGGCCAUCAGCGCCGCAUCAACGCUUUCCGUCAGUCCUCCCCCACAGGCUCCGUCUCCUGAGACGGCCUCUUCUGUUUUCUCGGUGACUCCCGUCAAAGAGCAGCCCACGCUUUCUCUUCCUACCGCAUCAAGACCAGAGAACCUUCUACCCCCUCCUACCGAGCUGCCAGCCGCCGUCCCAGCAGCCGACAGCCACACAGAUUCGGUGAAGUCGGCUACUGAUGUCGGUGGGAGCAAACAAAAACAGAGCACAGAUGCUCCUCAAAUCCAGGCAGAGCAGGGGAGCAAUCUCUCCCAGACAGGAGAGCCCCAUCGGACAGACGACUCUGUGGAGGAGGAACUGUUAAACACUAACGUUCAGCGAACGGCAACUGAUUUCUACGCAGAGCUGCAGAACGGAGGAGAUUACACGGGGGGAACGCUGAACGGCAACGGCAUGUUGUUGAACGGAGGCGGCGCCGUUCAUGGCUCCAGUCAGAAGGAGAGCGUGUUCAUGAGGCUGAACAACAGGAUCAAAGCUCUGGAGAUGAACAUGAGUCUAUCCAGCAGAUACCUGGAGGAGUUGAGUCAGAGGUAUCGUAAACAGAUGGAAGAGAUGCAAAAAGCCUUUAACAAGACCAUCAUAAAGCUACAGAAUACCUCCCGCAUUGCUCAGGAGCAGGACCAGAAGCAGACCGAUUCCAUCCAGUUUUUACAGAGCCAGUUGGAGGAUGUUACCAAACUGAUGCUCAAUCUUACAGCUACAGUGAGCCAGCUGCAACGAGAGGUAUCUGACCGCCAGAGCUACCUGGUGCUCUCUCUGAUUCUCUGCCUGUUGCUGGGCGUCCUGCUUUGUCUGCAGUGCUGCCGCAGUUCAUCCCCCAAGCCUAAAGCCAACUUCACCCCCCUUCCCAAGAGCAACCACUACCCCAGCCCCAAGAGAUGUUUCUCUUCUUAUGACGAUAUGAGCCUAAGACGUAGGGUCACCUCCCCGCUUGUCCGCUCCAAGUCGUUUCAGCUUUCAUCAACAGAAGUAGGUCCAGAUGACUUGUUCAUUGUAGAACCUCUAAGGUUUUCUCCAGAGAAAAAGAAAAAACGUGGCAAAACAAAAUCUCUGGACAAAGUUGAGACCCUGAAGCCGUUUGAUCCCUUUCUGCCCCUCACAAACGGCGAUCCGAAAUGCAACGGCUUCCAUUCGAGCCUCCCUGCUUCGCUUCCCCCACCUGCUCCUCCUCCACCACCUCCGCCUCCUCCCCCUCCUCCUGCUCCUCCCCCAGCGUCGCAUCCUCUUCAAUCCACAGACCAGGUGUCGUCUUUGCCCACCUUGACGUCUAAGGAGCUCCCCUCUGAAACCAGCAGCUGCAGCUCCUCCACUCACUCCGAGGAGUCGUACACUAGCCGCCUCCCGCCACCUCCUCCCAUCUGUCCCUCCACCGGCGUGUGCAACGGCCACGGCCUUUCUUUCCCCCUCACCCAGCCUCCCGCCAAAUCCCGUCAGGAAAAGCGUUCCCUGAAGCGGCGGAAGUCUCGUCAGACGGAGCUGCAAUUCACCCCCGUGCCAGGGGGAGGCGUCGACUCUCUGCCCAGCCUGCAGAAACUCAUGAAGGGAAACAAAGAGAUGAGCGUUGGGACCAUCAGGGUGACCGCCGUCACUGGACAUGUCUGAAAUGCCACACUUACCAAUUACUCACCCUGCUCACGAAAAGAAUGACUUUAUCCCAAAGAACCACAAUUCGCAUGAGCGCCCCCAGACUCACAGGUGAAGUUAAAAUGAGUUUAGCAGCAUUAGCUCAUCCAGACCGUAUCCACUCUUGUCAAAGACCCGUUUACGGUUACGUGCCUUUAUAUGUGUUGGAAACCUUUUAAUUGUUUAAAACUUUAGUGCUUAGAGAGCUGCUGAUGUGUAAGGAGAGAAACAUUGUGGAUGGGGGAGGGAGCGACAUGUCAGCACACAUUUGGUACAACAAGACUUUGUUUUUCUGAAGAAAAAAGCACAUUGUCCCCAGACAGCGGAGCAUCAGUUAAUGUUUUCCGCCGGUUCUGAGCACAGCGAGACAGGCGCCGACCUCGACUACGCUCCUUCAACAAGUAUUAGGCUGCUGGUGUUGGAUAAAAAGUGUCAUUAUAGAAGAAAUGUGGAGCGCACAACUUUGUCUCAUCAUUUUUUCCUUGUGUUAUCUCUUGUUUCUUUUUUCUCAUCUAUCCUUAUUUGACUGAAGGUGUUUGAAUGGGACCAGUGUUUAAAAUCUUACUGUGAACCUGUCUGAUGCUCUCGCUGCAUCUCCAUUACUGUUUGAAACCAACCACAGGAGCUGAGUGAAGAAAAUAGCCUGCAUUUCUUUAUCCUUUUUAUCUUUGUUUAAUUUCAGACUAUAGUUACAGAAGCAGCAGUCUGCACAUCCUACAAGUCCAUAAUGAAUCAUUCCCCCACUUUUAAUAGUUGGGCUGGGCCCAUAAUAAUCAUGCACACAUGUAGAAAGUUAAUAUUUGAUUCUAUAUAUAUAUGCAUGUGAACAAGCCAGAGGCACUCUGGGUUUUGUUUUAAAUGGUUUUUUUUGUUGUUUUUUUUUUUUUUUUAGCCAGUCUGAGCCAUGAUUGUUUCAUAUCCCUUAUUUUUUUCCCAACUUCAUCACGUCUGUUUUGAGUCUAAUGAAGUUGUAAUAACACACUGGGGAAGCAGAGUUGAUUGUUUACGCUCGUUUUACUCGCACGGCCACCGGGACCCUGCAGAUGACUCUGACCGACCAGUUUUAUUUAUCUAUUUAUUUAUUUAAAAGUCUGUAGAUUUUUCUAAUUGAGGCACUGGUUUGCCAGCUUCCCAGUUCUGUGGGGUCACUGUGGUCGAUGUGAGUUUGUUACACAGAGAAAUUUGUAGUUUAGACGGUCAUAAUGGGUUUCUAAUAUCCUUAGUUAUAUUAUGUGUUACAUUUUCAGUUUAUAAAAAAGCUUUUGUGUUUGUCUCUCAACUAUCAUUUCACAUCCUACUUAUUUGGUUUCAGUCGGUAGGACUGUGGGUUUAUUUGGAUCAGACGACUGCUGCUUCUGCUUUCAGAGCUGCUGUUUAGUUAAAAGUAGGUGAAAGUGCUCAACUAAGUCUUUAUGGCCAUGUCUCUGUUUUUUGUUUUUUUUUAUUUAUUUGCCCUGUUUAUUACAAUAAAUACAGUUCUCUUUAAAUUCUGCGAAAAGGCUGCAUGCAGGAUAACAAAAAACACCCUGCAGAGUUUGGGGGAAUUUGUUUUUACAGGCGAAAUGUUUCUUCGUGUGCAUCGGGUUUCUGAUUGGCUCCUUGUGGUUGGUGUUGUCAUUGCCACUUCCUCACUGCAUGCUUCUGUCAGUUGCGGUGGAGAAAACCAGCCUGCUUGCAUUCAUGUUUUAGUUCUGCGUGUGCUCCGUCACUAAGAUGUUUCAGCGUUCUUACCCUCUCGUUACACUCCAUUUUCCUUCUGUUUACUCGUCUUGUGCCCCACCUUGAGUGACCCCGGGGUUAUGUAAACAGGAAAUGAACUGUUAUUGAAUUAAAGGGAACGCAAGAAAGAUUGAUCCGAUUUGCAACACUAUUAAUGUGAUUACAAAGGUUCCACAAGCUGAGUAAAUCCUUUUAUUUUUUUUCCCCACUUUUUCUUUUUUUUUAUCUUUAUGAUGUACGUUUACCUGUAUGAAUGGGAGAUUGUGGUAACUUCAUGGGUGUAUGUUUGUAUUAUGAAAAAGACUACUUGGAACCUGCUUCAAUCCAUAAAACGGAAGAGGAGGAAGCACUUGCAGAGAGUUUCUAGAGACGCACGUGCACUUUGUAUGACUCCUCAUGCCUUCUUUUUGUUUUUCUACUUUAAAUGUCAAGUGCUUUUUUUUUUUUUUCUUCCCAGUUUCUCCCACCCCUUCUUUUCCUUUGUGAUCACUCCUAAAAGCUGCACAGUAUUUUUGAGCAGGAGCGAGUUACUACAAUAAACUGUAGUGCCAUUAGAAACUGUGAAUUCUUUCUAAAUAAAACCUUUUUUGUUGUCUUUCA